AUGAUCGUACUCCAGGAACUUGCGUUUCAGUGGUUAAAAGGUGGUGGAGGCGUAAUCGAUCCAAACUUUGAUUUGGUCCCACGACAUUUCUGUCAUCGCAUCUCAGCAUUUACUUUCAAUUUGUUCUUCUUCCGUCCACUGAUGGAGCUUCCACAUUUGGGCACUAAUUGUUCUUAUGCAUCCUGUCGGAGACUUGACUUCCUUCCCGUUAAAUGCGAGGGUUGUCACAAACUUUUCUGCAAAGACCAUUAUCCUUACGACAAUCAUACCUGUACCAAUCCAGGUAUUCGUGACAAGCAAGUACCCGUCUGUCCCUUGUGCAAUGCCAUUGUUCCCAUUCGUCCGGGUGAAUUACCAGAUGUCCGUGUCGGCCACCAUAUUGAUACAGCAUGCCAAUCCAAACCUGCUCUAGAGAUGAAGGGCAAGAUCUUUUCCAAUGCUUGCUCCUUCCCUCGUUGCAAAAAACGGGAAUUGGUAGCCUGUCGUUGUGAUCAAUGUGGACUGAAUUUUUGUAUGGGCCAUCGCAACGAAUUGGACCAUCAGUGUAAAGGAGUUCAGCGAAAUAAUGUUGGAUCUCAGAGUCGUCUUAGUGCGGCCGGCGCAGCUGCAAUAUUCCGAGCCGUGUUUCAAAAUCAGUCAAGGAAUUCGUCGAGCGUAAGUCCGGUAUACUGUCCUUGUUCUCCACUCCUACUGCUGCAUAUGUACGGUCGUCCGUGCUCUGUAUUUUUGUCUCUAUUUCUUGAGGCGAUUCGUUCUUAUGACCUCCGGAUAACUGGAAGUUUGGAUAGAUUGACUAUCUCUGAGAAGGCUAUUUGA